CAGGCACCUAUAGAAGGAGCAACACCAUCCAGCAGCUGCCGUUUCUAUUCUUUUGAUGUUGCCGGGUGAGUGGUGGCCCCAAAGCAUCUUGUUGAAUAAAUAAUAUCUAUCGAACUUCUGAAGUACAUCGUCAUGAACUGGUCUCGCCAUCUCUAUUUACGGCUUGCAGUGUUGCUUGCGGUCACAGAUCCAGUCAACGGGUUUCUUUCUACGCUACAAGAGCAUCGGUAUCCGUCUCGACCAACAUUCUGCAGCCAGUCGAGAAGAUGCCCUCGUUCUUCAAGGAUAACGCUGGCAGAUGGAAGCAAUAUCGAAAUAUCGCUUCCGUAUCCCAAUCCGGAACUCGAUGCCAUGGAUGUGGUUCAGUUAUGCAUGGAAACUCUCAUGAAAGACGACAACCACGGCCUCCUGGUCUGCUUUGAUUUCAGUUCCGAUUUCCUGCAAGCACCAUUUGGUGGCCAGUUGGAAAAGUUUAUUCAGCAUGCCAACAAUCCCAUCUUUGCAAGUCUAGUCCAAUGCACCAAGUACGACAUUCUUUCCGUUGGACCCCUUAUCAAAGGAACCAACACAAGAGGAGACAUGCAGACCUGUCUCAUGCAGGUUCACAGCGACAACACGGUUACAGCAUCACGGCGAUUCUUGUGGACACUGCAGAAAGAACGACGACCACCACGACAAAAUUGCUGGCUCGUCCAUGAAGUCUUGUCUGUCACGUACGCAUUCCAGUUGACGGAAUGAUCAAAGCAGUAUUAUGAGCUAUUUUAUGUAGAUGCUAGAUGCUACAUCCUUGUCCAAAGAAGCCAUGAAACAACAUAACAACCGCAACAUUUUAGAUUGCAGCUCUCCACAAGUCACACCAACAUGGUUUCUUACCUAUCUAGCUAGUGACAUGUGGGAUAUGUCGGUAUUUUCGUCUCCGUAACCCUCUGAGCAUUACAAACUGUCUUACCAUCACUCACGGAGGAUUGGGAAAGCUACCACUCCCGAGCAUUGGCCUUCUUGCUCGUUUCCUGCCGUAUCACGUCCAUUUUCUCUCUCAGCGUUUGUGCCUCCUGGAAAAAAGUACUGCCACUGGAGGAGAAAAGCACCUUCUUUGUCAGGUUGAACCAUGGACUGUUGUAGUCUGUUGUAUAAAACUUCCAUGUCAGGAUUGGUGAUGACUUUUGAG